AAUGGUAAAAAGGAAACAAUAAACUUAUAAACCCUCAUCGAAACGGCGCCGUAUUGAUCUUCUCCUUCCUCCUAAAAGACAAUACAACAGUUUAUAUGAGCUGGGAGUUUAAACGAAAGCUUGCCUGCCAUCUGAAUCAUCGCAUCAAUGCACAGAUUCUCUUUCUCUCUCUAUGACUAUAGAUGAUGUAACGCGCAUAAUAAGUGCGUCUGCGCGUGAAUUGUUGAUGUAUUCAGUGUUCACGGUCGGAGGAGGAGGCGGAGGAGGAAGAGGAAGAGGCGGAGGAGCUUUGAUCUAUGACGAAGAAAUCGCCGGCGAAGGCGGCGGCGACGGAAUUUUUACCGGUGCGGCAGGUGUUGUGGGUGUGGUGGAAAUUGGUGAUCACGUUGUCACUCGCUCUCUGUGUGUUAGCUUUCCUUAGGCUGCAGCGCUACUCCCCGUCCGAUUCCGAGCUCGCCUUUGCUUCCGGUAGAUCUCGAACUCCCGACGGGGAUUUACGCGGCAAUCCUAAGAUUGCUUUCCUCUUUCUAGCCAAGACGAAUUUGCCGCUUGAUUUUCUCUGGGGAAGUUUCUUCGAGAAUGCUGAUAUUGCUAACUUUUCAAUUUAUAUACAUACGGAGCCUGGAUUUGUGUUUGAUAAGUCUACUACAAGAUCGGCUUUCUUUUAUAAUCGGCAGUUGAAGAAUAGCAUUAAGGUAGCUUGGGGAGAAUCAAGCAUGAUAGAAGCGGAGAAGUUAUUAUUUGCGGCAGCUCUUGGUGAUCCGAGGAAUCAAAGAUUUGUUCUCUUAUCAGACAGCUGUGUCCCUUUACACAAGUUCAGCUAUAUAUACAAAUAUUUGGUGAAUUCUCCCAGGAGUUUUGUGGACAGUUUUAUUGAUAAGAAUGAUGGUCGCUACAACCCAUGGAUGACACCAUUUAUACCGAAGAGUAAAUGGCGGAAAGGAUCACAGUGGAUCACUUUAAUCCGAAAGCAUGCCAAAGUUGUUGCAGAUGAUGAAGCUAUAUUCCCAGUUUUCGAGAAGUUUUGUAAGAGACGCCCGCCAAUGGAGGCCAGUAAGGGGAAACUGAAUCUUAAACUUCAAAAGCAGCACAAUUGUAUCUCGGAUGAACACUACGUGCCGACGUUACUUGAAAUGCUUGGACUUGUAGGUGAACUUGAACGCAGAACGGUAACAUACACAGUUUGGAACUAUUCUGAAACCAAAACAGAAAAAAAUUGGCAUCCUGUAACGUUUUCCUAUAGAGAUGCAAGAUCUGAGAAUAUUAAAAAAAUUAAGGACAUCACCAACGUAUACUAUGACACCGAGUUCAGAACAGAGUGGUGCCGUAAUAACCAUACAUUUGUCCCUUGCUUUUUGUUCGGGAGAAAGUUUUCACCAGCUGCUGCGAUGCGCCUUUUGAGUGAUGAAGUAGUUAGCCAGUUUGAUCCCUCCACCAUAAUGCACUAAUAUCCGCCAGUGACUCCUCGCUACUAACACUCUCGAGACAUCUCCCGAAGCCUGCUUGCAAUGCUCUUCAGCGCUGCACGCCAAAUGGGCAACAUAGAUCAAAGGUAAUGUUUUGAUCGUGCACGACCCCGAGGUGUGAAUGCCCGUUCAACAUUCGAGUUAGAGGUAAUCGAACCGAUGUUUAAUGUUUAGCUUGACACAGUUUGAAUUAGUUGGUGUUAGGAAAUCGUAGAAUCGCGCAGCUUGUAUGUUCAAGCUGUGGCAAGCAUCUUUUACUCCAUAGGUUCUUUCUUGUGUAUUAGGAAGGAAUUGUAGUCUCUUGGAUAGUUUUAUACCCACAGAAAAUGAAACAAUGCAUUUUCAGUUUUUCUGAUC